CACGCCUGCAAAACCGCGAUGCUUACACGGACCGACGCGUAAAAUAUUCAUGCGGACUCACAAAUACGAUGCGACGCUCUCAUGCCUCAGAACAAUCUUAGCAAACAUCUUAAGUGGUUGAUCGCAGAGAAGCCUUUCAUUCCGCCCGCGGCUUCGCUCGUUGCAUACGAUCCCGACGCAGUUCCGACGAGUUCAGCUACGAUUCCACAACAGCACUCUUCCUUCUUGGACGACCACGCAGAAUACAAUGAGCCUGAAGCUGCCUCCGCGCCACCACCCCCACCAGCACUACCAGUCGAACGUCCCGCUCCACCCCGCGCUCUCGCUCGAACACGGACUAUUGAUAUACACAACCCGCCAGGCGCAGAAGACGCGACCCUGGAUAUGGCAAGAUUGAGGAAUACUCCAGCGAGUGGAAAGCCUAGACUCAUCUUAGCGGGGUUGCCUGAACAUGUAUCCUCCUCUAAAUCAGCAGGCAGGGAACGAAAGGAACAGCGUGAUGCUGGGAGCUUCAGGAACAGCAUACAAGAUCAAUCGGCGAAUGUGAGGAAUUUCACUGGGAUCACUGGCACGCCUGCCUCUCAACAUACUACCGCGAGAACGAAGUACCGCGAGCCAAUUGAUGUCGAUUCAAUCGAUCUCACUGGUGACGACGCGGGUCGCUCCUCUCCUGUUCCAAUGCGCACCUCUAAGGGUCGGAAACGAAAGAGCGACGAGUACGAGGCAGACUUCCGUCGCACCAAGUCCCCCAGACCUGUUCGGAAGGCUCCCGCGCUCAGUCCAGAGCCCGUCGACGACGAUGACUUCCCCGAUAUCGACGAUAUGGUCAUGGCUCCGGACAGCCCUCCCCCACCAUACUCAACCAUUGUAGAUGAUGUAGGCAAACAAUCAAGGCACAUCGCGACAGCAGAAGACGACGACCUGGAAGCUAUGUUGCAAUUAGAAGAAGAGGAGAGACAAAUGGCGAACACAGAGAGUGCGAUAGCCUCACAACCCCGCAAACGCAAGUCGCUGAGCCGCGCACCCUCGGAGAAUGCGCCCGUUCGUAAAAUGGGGAAGCAAACGCGUAGUCCUUCGCCCCAGAAGAACGAUCUCGCUAAGACCGGGGCCACGGCUAGAAAUGAUCGACGUUUGGACACACCUGGCACGAAGAGGGUCGGGCAUGCAGUCUUGGACUCGGAGGAUGACGAAUUUGGUGCAUUGGAUGAGAUGGAUAUCGAUACCCAAUCCCGGACAAAAUCACCCACCCCAACGAGGAAGAAAACGCGUGAGAAAACACCGAUGACCGAACUCACUAGAGGUGCCAGUCAAACGCAGCUUCCCAUACGAUCGCCUUCAAAGACCGUAAGAAGCCCAAGCCCAUAUCAGCCAGAACAGGACUCUAUGCCCACUCCAGCGAAGUCUCAGUCUCCAAAAAAGGUUGCAAGGCCUACACCUACACCAGUGCCUGCAUCCACGAAACGCAUACCCAGCUCUUCCGAGCUUCCAAAGGAGAGGAGAGAUGCUAUCAGAGAAUCCAUGGAUACCUUCCUAGGCACUGAAGGCCAAAGAUUGCAGAAACACCUCAACGCUGCAAGCUCGGCAUGGGAUAACGCCAGGGCUGCAUUUGUAGCACAUCUUUCCGAGUUUGGGAAGCCUGAUCCAAACGAACAAGAAAGGAUGGAACGCGCUCGCUCACGAAAAGAGGCAGUCGAGCAAUUGAUGACCUUGAAAUCCAAACACGAGGAACUAAUGGGGCAGCGCCAGAGGGUCAAACAGAAGCUAGAGGAUGACUUGAACAUCGGCCAGUUUGAUGCCGCGGACGGUGAAACCCUCAGCAGACUGUUCAAGAUGAAUGAGGAUGUUCUGAUCCAGAUGUUUUACCUACUGGAUGCGGCAGCCAUCAAGCAGCAGUCAACACCUCUUGUGAAGAACGAAACGAAAAUCAGCCGUAAUGUGGUCAUACAAUCAACCCAAGCAAGCCCGGUCCGCUCGCACCCAAAAGCGUCAAGGGAGGUAGGAUCACAUCGCAUCCCCCAGACACAAUACGGUAGGCCACCCGACGCUCCCGCUCAGGAACUGUGGACGCCUACUCGGCAUAUCCGUUUCGCAGAAGAGCAAGUAGCCGCGUCCCCACUACCGCCCCCAAAUCUAGGCUCUCGUGCCCCUGCGGAUGAUGGUACGACAGGAAAGCAAAAAGCGAAGUCAAAAGAGCGAUCCCAUAGAGUGCCUGAGACGCCAGAGCGCCGACGAUCUCCGAAGAAACCCAGGCCAGUAGCUCCGCAACACACACCAGACGAGUUUGGAGAGCUUGACUUUGAAGAAAACGAAACCCUAUUCAGCAACAACAUGGGCGAACUUCACCAACCCAUUGAGAUCAACGACGACGAUGAUUUCGGCGAGGCAUUUGGGCCCGACGACGAUGAUGACUUCCUUCACGAGAUCACCAACAUUGAGAAUCAGGCACCAGGUGGUUUUGAUUGGAAAGGCGAGCGGGCUGGGAAUCAUGUCACUACACAAUCCCGUGAGGUGUUCCGCGAAACUUCUACCAACAAAGCCCAGCCCAAACCAGCCCAGCAAGCUUCACCAAAGAAACAGCAGCUGAAUAUGCCUGCUAAGAAUCAUCCUGGUAUGAACUUUCCUUGGUCACAAGAUCUCAGAACCGCCCUUAUUCGCCGCUUCGGUCUGCGAGGAUUCCGGCCAGGACAACUGGAGGCUAUCAAUACGACGCUGUCUGGCGAACAUUGUUUUGUGCUGAUGCCUACGGGAGGUGGCAAAUCCCUCUGUUACCAACUUCCGUCAGUAAUUACCUCAGGCAAGACAAGAGGAGUCACCAUCGUAGUAUCUCCGCUCUUGAGUUUGAUGGAGGAUCAAGUGGAGGCCUGUAAACAACGCUUUGGGAUGCAGGCCUUUCUGAUAAACGGAGAAUCGACCGCAGCGCAAAAGAAUAUGAUCAUGGAUGGGCUACGUCAGCGGGAUCCCCAACAGUUCAUACAGAUUCUCUAUUUGACCCCCGAGAUGCUCAGCAAGAAUCAGAGAAUGAUCAGUGCUUUCCAGCAAUUGCAUUCUGGAGGCAAUCUUGCCCGCAUCGUCAUCGACGAAGCACAUUGUGUCAGUCAGUGGGGUCACGACUUCCGGCCAGAUUACAAGGCACUUGGAGACGUCGUUCGUCAGUUCCCAGGAGUGCCCGUCAUUGCACUGACCGCAACUGCGACCCAGCUUGUUCGCACUGACGUAGUAGCAAAUCUCGGUAUCCAGGGUUGCCGUCAAUUCUCCCAGAGUUUCAACCGCCCCAACUUGUCUUACGAGGUUCUGCCAAAAGCCAAAGGUGUCAUCGACAGCAUCGCGGAUCUAAUCAAAGAGAGAUACGUUGGGAAGUCCGGCAUCAUAUACUGUUUGUCACGAAAGAGCUGUGAGCAAGUGGCCCAGAAGCUAUCCGAGACGGGCAUCCGUGCCUAUCACUACCACGCAGGAAUGGAGUCCGCGGACCGAUCCGAAGUCCAACGCAAAUGGCAGAAGAAUGAAUAUCAUGUCAUAGUGGCUACCAUCGCCUUUGGUAUGGGUAUCGACAAGGCUGAUGUACGAUAUGUCAUCCACCACUCGCUGCCCAAGAGUUUGGAAGGCUAUUACCAAGAGACCGGACGAGCUGGCCGUGAUGGCAAGCGUUCAGAGUGCUACCUGUACUAUCAGUAUGCCGACUCAAGAAUAUUGCGCAAGAUGAUCGAGGAAGGCGAAGGUAGCUGGGAGCAGAAACAGCGACUGGGCGAUAUGCUAAGAACUGUCAUCCAGUACUGCGAAAACAAAGCAGACUGUCGCCGCGCUCAAGUGCUCGGAUACUUUAGUGAAGCAUUCGAUGCCUCCAAGUGCAACUCGACGUGCGACAAUUGUCGCUCAGAUGCGACGUUUGUUACGAAAGACCUUACGGAGUACGCUGCCAUGGCCAUCAAGCUUGUGAGUCAGGUACACGAGGACAACGUAACGAUGCAUCAGUGCGUGGACGCUUUCCGUGGUGCGGGCAGUGCGAAGAUCAAACGCUCUGGAUUGGAAGAGUAUGGAUGGGGCUACGGCAAGGACUUGGAACGCGGUGACAACGAACGCAUCUUCCAACACCUGCUCGACGCUGGGGCCUUCAAGGAAAGAAGCAAGGUGAACAAAGUUGGCUUCGCGACGAACUACUUACACCCUGCUUCAGCACGCAACGACUACGAGAGCAAACGAAAGCAACUCAAGCUUCAAGUUCGUUCUUCGCCACAGAAAGCGCGCGCGAAAGCACCCACUGUCAAGAAGGCAAAGAAAAUCCAGACUCAGAUUCCAUCUACCAAUGUUCCCUCCCCCGUGCGCGCACCGAAGCAGAAGAUCCGAUCAUUUGCCUAUAACGAAGAGGACGACGAUGAUGACGAUGACGACGAUGCAUUCGAAGCUCCGCGACACCCCGCCCGCAGUAAGACGGCCCGCGGGUACGAGGCGGACGAUUUCGUGGUUGAUGACGACUUUGCGCCAAUACGUGUUGCCAAGCCAUCGAGAAGCACGAAAGCAAAGGGUGUCGGAGCUCCAAUUACUACAGAUCAACGCACCGAAGGACUCAGCGAAUUCCAGUCUGAUGUUCUACGAGACUUCAUGAACGGAGCCAAGCAGUUGAGGAAGGGCAUAGAAGAGAAGAAAAAUCACCGUGAAGCCAUCUUCACAGACACAGUACUACGUGAAAUGGGCCUUGAUCUGCCUAUGGAUCUGGAUGAGAUGAAGAGUAUCCCGGGUAUCAGGCCUGAGAUGGUGGAUCUAUAUGGCAGGCAAUUCUUGGCCUUGGUGGACAACACCAGAAACUUUUACGGGGACGACACACCAGUACCUCGGAAUCCACAGCUUCGUAAUCGUCGACCCCAGCAAUCCAGAGUCAUUCACGAGAUUGAUGACGAUGACGAAGAAGUUGUCGACCAGAAUCACCGGCUCGUCGUGGACCUGUGUAGUGAGGAGGAAGAGGAGGUACCCGUUGCAGAAGAAUCUGAAGAAGAGUCCUUCUAUGGUGAGUUCGGCGAUGAAGACGAAGACGACGAUGAUGCAGUUCACACAAGCCAUCACUUCAGUCAGUUCCCCAACCAAGCCGUGGCAGAGUUCAACAGUCGAUAUACGCAGCUCGGUGGUGGUGCAGCCCCUUCUACAUCUAGAGCAACGAAGGCACCAACAGCAAGAGGUAGAUCGAAAGCCUCUGGGUCCGGGUUCAAGAAGGGCUCUUUCCGCAAAAGGGCGAGCUUUGGCAAGGGUUCUGCUGGUGUGAAGAAGCGAGCGUCGAAGGGCAGUAGCAGCAGGGCAUCGGGAGGCGCAACGGCGGCAGGUAGGCCUCCUGGCCGCAGUGGUAGAGGCGGGGGAACAGGCGCAUCGGGUGGGUGGAAUGGUGUAAUGGCGAUGCCUACUUGAUCGCUAAUUCCAUGUUCACGUUUCUGGCGAGCAACUGCACACGUACAUGCGCAGUUUCCAAGAUUAUUACGAAGUUAUGUAGAUUAGCAACAAGCUGUACGAGAGUUUGUCUAAUGCCAUGUGUAUAUAUAUAUGCUAUGGCUUGCCGCCAUCGAUUGCUUCAAUCGGGUUUGUCCUAACAUCACUUGCGAAUAACAGGACCUGUACAUUGGCUACGUUAAGGUGAUAGGCAGUGACAGUUCACAAUACUAGGAGGUCACUAAGAUCAAGCGUACGC